AUGAGAAAAGAAAAGAAAAGGAAAUACAAAUCAUCUAUUCCAUUUGAUAAACUUCGUAUAUUAAUCAAUUUUAAAACAUGGCACAGUCAUCUUUUCUUUCACUUAUUGUUUUUACUUAUCUUCUUGUUUUGCAACCGUCCACGAUCGAAUGUCGUCCUCGCACUCAACGAAUUCUUAUUCACGACCAUGAAUGGACCGUACCGAACGAUUCUGCAAGAGGCGGAAUCUAUUCGGAAUCGGUUGUUAAGCAAUUGUGCUACAAGUCGAGAAUGUCGAUUAGCAGCGGAACAAAUACGAAAAGUUUUCUUGAAUCACCCUGUUUCUUCGAAGUAUUACGAUGAUACUUCAGAUAAUGAUUCUCCCCAAUAUGAAACAGCAUCGAUUUUUAAAUGGGGAUAA